AUGGAAAUUGGAUCCUCUCGAAUUGAGGGGCCAGUCGAAUCAUGCUCAAACCCCGACACAAACUCGAUAAAACGGCGAAAAGUCCGUAAAGGCACGUUCAGUUGUUGGGAAUGCAAGCGUCGCAAACGACGUUGCGAACGCGAUUUGAACUCCACGAUUUGUCUCUCUUGUCAGCGACAUGGUGUUUCAUGUGUCAGUCAAGAGCUCACAGAAGCUCCUCUGAAUGAUUGCCGAGAGAUUGGACAACGCGUUGAUCAUGUUGAAGCCUUGGUCAACAAGCUCGUCCAGCAAAGAGAAGCGAGGCAUGCUCGGAAACAGCAAUCCGAUACCUCGUCGGGUCGAACGGCGGCUGAGGAUACAGAAAGCUUCAUGGCUCCUCCGACUUUACAAUCGAUUUGCCAUGAAAGAUUGUCGCGCGAUCGCACUCUCAGUGCCUAUCUUUUCUCCAUCCUACCCCAUCCUGCCACUUCUAUUGUGAUUCUGAGCAGCAGUACUUUAUUUUCUUCACCUCUGCAAAACUCUCAAGCACGAAAAGGUACAAAUUCCACCUUUGUAGAUGGCGAACCACGCGUCGGUUUGCAGUUCACAGCUCACCCCUUGGUGCUCGCCCGAAGACUCAUCCAGCUUGCUCUUUGCCUCAAACAAUUUGAUGCCUCAUCUUCAAAGCAGCUAGAAUGUCAUUUGAAUAACUCGAUAAGCAAAGCUUCUUGGAAAUACCAGGAAAUUGCAUCUCGCUUCGUCUUGUCCCAGGACUUUCUGGUCAGUUCUCUCGACGGGGUAGAAACUCUAAUUCUAGAAUCUUGUUACUAUAUCACACUUGGCGACACCCGCAUGGCCUGGACAGUUCAGUGCCGUGCGAUAAAUAUUGCUCGCGGAAUAGGUAUCCAACAUCUGGCCGAGAUGGGGGACGAGCGCGCUGAACAAAUAUGGUUUCGAUUGGUUUAUAGCGACCGAUUUAUGGCAUUGAUGCUAGGAAUUCCAUUCACAAUCACCGAGGAAAGCUUAUCAUGGGAAACCCAGCUCCAGAAUAGCACAUCGUCGCAAAAGCUGGAGUGUCUCCACGUGGCCAUUGCUGGGCGCAUCGUUACUCGGAAUGUUCAAAUACAACAAGAUAAAAGUCCUCGGGAGGAGCUCAAUGGUUGCAAUAUACGCUAUAAUCAUUAUAGCGAGACUAAGGACAUUGACGAGCAAUUGAAGAAAUCUGCCAAGCUCCUCCCACCAACCUGGUGGCUAACAUCCUCUCAAACAAACACAAAUUCGAAAAAUAACUCGGUUGAAAAGACGGCAAAGCUUCUGGUACAACUGCACCAGCAUUAUCUGAUUAUACUUCUACAUCAACCAUAUCUCAUCCGGCUACUCACAUGCACGCACGAUUCGGAUUCCGUUGAACACAAUGCAGUGGACUUUACCUACAGCAAACACGCUACCGCAUCUGCUAGCCAUGAGGGACUUUUACGGUACCUUGCCAUUCGGGAACUACAUCAGUCGCCGACAUAUCGUCCAACGGACGAUAAGAUGUAUACAUGCGCCAUAGCUCUUCUAUUUGCGCAUUUGGAUGGUCAUAGACACGGGAGUGCCAAUGUUCUUGAUCACCAGAGAAAUCGUGAUCUUGGGCUCAUUAGCGAAUCUAUCGACAUGAUGGAGAAAGUUUCAAUGGCAAAUAAUGAUCCAAGGGGCUUGGUUCUUAUUCAGAUCCUGAGAAAUCUCAUGGCUCUCGAAGAUGCUGCCGCAGAAGGCUCCACGUACCAUGCAUGGUGUGAUGAAAGAAUCGAGGCCAGUGACGAUAGCCAGGAAAGCCUCACAGAAGACAGUCUUUCACUAUCGAUACCAUACUUUGGGAAGAUUCAUAUCUCAUGUCGAAGGUCAUCCCUACCUCAGGAGCUGAAAUUCAUAGCGUGGACUUAG